AUGGAGCGAAUACUGGACAAACGUGAAUCUCAAAAUCAGUUAUUUAGUGAAGUUGAGACUAGUCAUCGUCUUCCUCGUGCUAUUUCUGUUCGUCGUCCUAUUGGUAAUCAUAAUCCCGGCGCUGUUCCUGUUCGUCGUCGUCCUAUUGGUAAUCAUGUUCCUGAUACUUUUCCUGACGGUGUUUUGAAUCGUCGUAUAACUACUCAUCGUCCUACUACUCGCCGUCGUACUUAUAAGCCCAAGUUUCCUUGUCCUUGUCCUUGCGGUUCUGGAAGUUAUUAUAUUUGUCCUGCUGGUUGCAAGAAUAUUUGUGCUAAAUGUCCUUGUCCUUGUACUUUUAAGAAUUAUAAUGUUUGUCCUUCUGGUUGUCGUCCUCGUGAGAGGUGUGGUAUCCUAUGA